GGAGAUCAGUAACUGACAAAACCCUAGUCUGUGUUUCUCAGAAAAAACGGAGUGAUAUAUAUCAGAGUCACUUCACCAUUUCUAGAUCAUCCUCCUAAACCCGAUUCUGGAGCCAGCAUUUUCCUCUUUUUGCUCUCUCGCGACCUAUCGCAGGUCACUGCAUUGACUGCGAAAAUGGGGGAUGGUACACAACAUCCAUCUGUAUUUCGAAAGAUACAUGGGCAAUCUUAUCUUUUUUCUCAGAUUUCUCCUCACACACACUCUAGAAGUGCUGGAUUGCAAUACUUGACUGGUGGAUAUGUUAAUGGAGGUCUGCGGAGUCUUUCCAUGCCAUCAUUCCAAGGAACUGGCCUGGAGAUUGUUUCACCAGUCUCUCCUUUCCUUAUACAGGCUCCAACAGAAAAAGGGUUGUCCGGUUUUAUGGUGGAUUUCCUCAUGGGAGGGGUUUCUGCAGCAGUAUCCAAGACUGCUGCUGCUCCAAUUGAGAGAGUAAAACUCUUGAUUCAAAACCAGGAUGAGAUGAUCCGAGCUGGUCGAUUGUCUGAACCUUACAAGGGAAUUUCUGAUUGCUUUGCUAGAACUAUCAAGGAUGAAGGUGUACUUUCACUGUGGAGAGGCAACACUGCGAACGUUAUAAGAUACUUCCCUACUCAGGCCCUCAACUUUGCCUUCAAAGAUUAUUUCAAGAGACUGUUUAACUUCAAGAAAGACAAGGAUGGUUACUGGAAAUGGUUUGCUGGAAACUUGGCAUCUGGUGGUGCUGCUGGUGCUUCAUCUCUCCUGUUUGUUUACUCUCUUGAUUAUGCCCGAACGAGGUUGGCAAAUGAUGCUAAGGCUGCCAAAAAGGGUGGAGAAAGGCAGUUCAAUGGCUUGAUUGAUGUUUACAGAAAAACAAUCCAAUCUGAUGGUCUUGUUGGACUUUACCGUGGAUUCAACAUUUCUUGUGUUGGAAUUAUCGUCUACCGUGGGCUUUAUUUUGGAAUGUAUGAUUCUCUGAAACCGGUCGUUCUAACUGGUUCAUUGCAGGAUAGUUUCUUAGCUAGUUUCCUUCUGGGGUGGGGAAUCACCAUCGGUGCUGGCUUGGCUUCUUACCCAAUUGAUACCGUGCGUAGAAGGAUGAUGAUGACUUCAGGAGAGGCUGUCAAAUAUAAGAGCUCAAUUGAUGCAUUUUCGCAGAUCGUGAAGAAAGAAGGAACUAAGUCACUCUUCAAGGGUGCUGGAGCAAACAUCUUAAGAGCUGUUGCAGGUGCUGGCGUGCUUGCUGGCUACGACAAAUUGCAGGUUCUCGUCUUGGGCAAGAAGUAUGGUUCUGGUGGUGGUGGUUAAUAUCAAAAUGGUGAUAUAAUGACAAUGACGAUUAAGUGAUGUUCUUAUCUAGAUGGUCAUCCGCGUCUUUGGAAUAAUAUUUUUGUGAACAUUGUUUUUGUUGGUGCCUUUUGCCUUUGCUGGAAAUCCUGUAUAAAUUUAUAGCAGCAUACCUGUUUGGAACGCUGUGUUUUCAUGAGGACGAGUGUUCAGCCUCAACUAGAUAGUUUGGUCCUUUUUUGGGACUGAAUAAUCUUUAGCCCCACUUCGUUGCUCUUUGUUGUAUUAGUCGCACUGUCAGUGUAUUGUUGAGUUAUAUCUGUUGCAAGUUAUGCCAUCGCUUAUGAAGAA